AUGGGGUCCUCCAUCCAGCCAUCAAGAUUUUUAGAUAGUGCAGUAUUAUCAUUGUUCGCUAUGGUUAUUUCGGCAGCAUUCCUGUACAUGUUUUCAGAAUUUUAUUUGUUAUCAUUCGAAACGAAAUUGCUUAAUAAUAAAGUGAGCAUGAUAUUGUCUCGUUUAUUCCCAUUUAAAACUUUUGAGUACAACCUGACCCACAUACUGCUUCUAACCAUAUGCAUAAUUAUCCUUAGCCUUAAACCUGAUUAUAGUUUCCAUUGUAAAAUGAGCUCAAAGGAAUGCAAAAGAAGCCAAGGAAAGGAUGAUUCACACAAAAUGGAUGAUGUUGAUAGAAUGCAAAGAGACAAGAAAAAAUAA